CACAUUCAGAUACAACGGUGGCGAGGAUGCUGGUGGGGAACAAGUGCGACCUAGAUAACAUGAGAACGGUUAGCGUCGAAGAAGGCAAAGCCCUAGCGGAAACCCAAGGAAUGUUCUUUAUGGAAACAUCGGCUCUCGAUUCAACAAACGUUAAAACAGCUUUUGAAAUGGUGAUCCGCGACAUCUACGCCAAUGUUAGCAGGAAACAACUCAACUCCGAUACGCAUAAAACCGAACUGAAGUGGAACAGCCGAGUAAGUCUCGUUAAGGACGACAAUAAGGGAUCUACGCAAGGGUUCGGUUUCUCUUGCUGUUCUUCCUCUUGA